UGUUAGGUGAGCCUAGAUUAGGAAACAUCACUCUUGUUGUUUUGUGUUUUUAUUUCAUUUUUCUUUGACAUGACAUCCAUUUGAUUGCACCUCAGUCCAGUAGAUGGCGGUAAUACACUUUGCUUGUAAACUGCCAUAAAACCUGACCGAAGAAGAAGAAGAUGACCAGGAAGUAAUUUCAUGUAAUGUUGAUAUUCGUGAAAAAAAAAAAUAUGGCGGCUCAGAGAGAUAGUGAUGAACAGAAAGGCGAGGCAGAAGAGGACGUGUCCUCUGUUAUGGGUUUCUCUGGUUUCGGUCGAAAAGCUCGGACGUUCGACCUGGACGCUAUUUUUGAGCAGACUCGGAGGACGGCCAUCGAAAGAAGUCAGCGGGUUUUAGAAGAGCGUUACCAGCAGCAGGAGUCCCGGAGUACCGGUCGUAGUGCUGCCUCCAGCCAAAAACAGACAAAGUCUGCUUCUACUUCUAGCAGGCAGAAGGAGAGUGACGACAGCAGCGACUCUGAGCUCAUUGGUCCUGCUCCUCCUGCUCUCUCUGCCCAGGCUGAUGAUGAUGAUGAUGAUGAUGAUGAUGAUUCGAUUGGGCCGCCGCUUCCACCAGGCUUCAAACGCGCUACAGAUGAUGGCGAUGAUGACAGCGACGAUGAUAAUGAUGACACCAUGGAGGAGGAGGAGGAGGAGGACGACGACGACGACCCAGUAAAGAAGAUUCCAGACACUCAUGAGAUCACGCUUCAGCAUGGUACAAAGACAGUCUCAGCGCUGGGUCUCGACCCCUCUGGCGCUCGUCUGGUCACCGGCGGCUAUGAUUUCGACAUCAAGUUCUGGGACUUUGCCGGGAUGGAUGCGGCGCUGCAGGCCUUCAGGUCCCUCCAGCCCUGUGAAUGUCACCAAAUCAAAUCCUUACAGUAUAGCGUAACCGGUGAUGUGAUCCUGGUGGUGGCAGGAAACGCCCAAGCCAAGGUCCUGGAUCGGGACGGCUUCCAAGUCCUAGAGUGCAUCAAAGGGGACCAGUAUAUUGUGGACAUGGCCAAUACCAAGGGCCACACGGCCAUGCUGAACAGCGGCUGCUGGCACCCCAAGAUCAAAGAGGAGUUUCUCACCUGCUCCAAUGACGGGACUGUUCGGACCUGGGACUUGAACAAUGAAAAGAAGCACAAGUCCGUAUUCAAGCCUCGAUCGAUGCAGGGCAAGAGAGUCACCCCUACUUGCUGCACCUACAGUCGAGAUGGCAAACUGAUCGCUGCAGGCUGCCAGGACGGCACCAUUCAGAUCUGGGACAGAAAUUUAAGCGUUCAUACCAAGUUCCAUUGCCGUCAAGCCCACGCUGUUGGUUCGGACACAUCCUGCCUUACCUUCUCCUACGAUGGAACCACGCUCGCGUCACGAGGAGGGGAUGACACGCUAAAGACAUGGGACAUUCGCAGCUUCAAGAAGCCACUCAAUGUUGCCACGGGGUUGUGCUCAUACUUCCCAAUGACAGACUGCUGCUUCAGUCCUGAUGAUAAACUCCUGGUGACGGGUACUUCAGUGAAGCGAGACCAAGGGAACGGCAAACUGGUCUUCUUUGACAGAGAGUCCUUCAAGAGAAUAUACGAGAUCGAGGUGGCUAGUACGAGUGUGGUUCGCUGUUUGUGGCAUCCGAAGCUGAACCAGAUCAUGGUCGGGACGGGGAGCGGCCUGGCCAAAGUUUACUACGACCCAGUCAAGAGCCAGAGGGGCGCCAAACUUUGCGUAGUGAAGAGCAAGAUGAAAGAGAAGCAUGCCGAGACGCUGACACAGGACUACAUCAUCACACCCCACGCAUUGCCGAUGUUCCGUGAGGCCAGACAGCGCAGCACCAAGAAGCAGCUGGAAAAAGACCGACUCGAUCCUGUGAAAUCCCACAAGCCCGAGCCGCCCGUGUCCGGCCCAGGCAGGGGGGGUCGCGUGGCAGCGCACGGAGGCACUCUGUCAUCCUACAUCGUGAAGAACAUCGCUCUGGACAAGACGGACGACAGCAACCCCCGCGAGGCCAUCCUGCGGCACGCCAAAGAGGCAGCAGAGAACCCCUACUGGGUCGCUCCUGCGUAUAAAAUGACGCAGCCGAAUCCAUUGUUCGCGGAGGACGAAUCCGAGGACGAGGAAGACAGUCAGGAGCCGGAGUGGAAGAAACGCAAGAUCUGAAAACGAGAAGGCGACUUUACCGUUCUGCUCAUGAAAUCAGUGGAGCGUAUAUUUUACCCUAAGCAUGUUCGCUUGUUUUGGUGUGUGUGUAAAGGAAAGAAAUUGAGGAAGGGAUAGAAAGCGUCAGCAUCAUGUACUGCUCAUGUGUAACUGAUUUUCAUAUUAGGUAAACGUGCAAGUACUGAAUGUACAGAAUGUCGGUUUUGGAUACUUUUCGGUAAUAGCUUGUUUUUAAAGAGUUUCACUUCGUAUUUUUGUGUCGUGUUGCAAAAUAAACAUGCAGCUUGUGUGGUCAAAA